GAUUUCGGGAUCGGGGCAUUUUCGGGGUGCGGUUUCGGGCUCGGGGCAGUUUUGGGGCUCCCCCCUGACCCCUGUGCCCCCCCAGAGGACGCUUUCCCCUACGAGGCGGUUUUGGGGGCGCGCCUGGCGGGGCUGCGCCGCUCCCACACCUACCGCGAGUUCACGGCGCUGGCGCGGCGCGCGCGGGACCCCCCGAGCGCCCUCCUGGGGACCCCCCCCCGCCUGGUGCAGCUCUGGUGCUCCAACGAUUACCUGGGCAUGAGCCGGCACCCCGAGGUGCUGCGGGCCGCCAGGUGGGCACCCCGCAAGCCAAACACCGCGUUACCCCGAAACCCCCUGAAACAGCCCCGGAAUCACCCGAAAUUCCCAGACGCUUUCCCCUACGAGGCGGUUUUGGGGGCGCGCCUGGCGGGGCUGCGCCGCUCCCACACCUACCGCGAGUUCACGGCGCUGGCGCGGCGCGCGCGGGACCCCCCGAGCGCCCUCCUGGGGACCCCCCCCCGCCUGGUGCAGCUCUGGUGCUCCAACGAUUACCUGGGCAUGAGCCGGCACCCCGAGGUGCUGCGGGCCGCCAGAUGGGUUUUUGGGGUGCCCCCAGGCUGCCAGUUCUUCUCGGACGCGGGGAACCACGCCUCGAUGGUGCAGGGCAUCCUGCGCAGCGGCGCCCCCAAAUUCGUCUUCCGCCACAACGACCCCCAGCACCUGGACGAGCUCUUGGGGCGCAGCCCCCCCGGGGUCCCCAAAAUCGUGGCCUUCGAGUCCGUCCACUCCAUGGAUGGCUCCAUCGCGCCGCUGGCCGAGCUGUGUGACGUGGCGCACGCCCACGGCGCGCUGACCUUCGUGGACGAGGUUCACGCCGUGGGGCUCUACGGGCCCCGGGGCGGCGGCAUCGCCGAGAGGGACGGGGUCUGCGGCAAGGUGGACGUGGUGUCCGGGACCCUCGGGAAGGCGCUGGGGGCCGUGGGGGGCUACAUCGCGGGGGGCUCCGCCCUGGUGGACGCCGUGCGCUCCUUCGGCCCCGGCUUCAUCUUCACCACGGCGCUGCCCCCCGCGGUGGUCGGGGGGGCCCUGGCGGCCCUGAGGGUCUUGGGGGGCCCCGAGGGGGGCGCCCUGCGCCGCUCGCACCAGCGCAACGCCAAGCACCUGCGGGUGCUGCUGCGCGACCGCGGCGUGCCCGCGCUGCCCGCGCCCAGCCACAUCGUGCCCGUGCCCGUCGGGGACGCGCUGGCCGCCACCCGCCUGAGCCGGGCGCUGCUGGAGCGGGGGAUGUUCGUGCAGGCCAUCAACCCCCCCACGGUGCCGCGGGGGGGGGAGCUGCUGCGCAUCGCGCCCACCCCCCAGCACAGCCCCGAGAUGAUGGAGCGGCUGGCGGGUGAGGGGACACAAAGGGGACACAGGGGGGGACACGGGGGGGCACCG